AUGACGGAAAGUGUGAUCUAUGAAGGGGAUCAGGUGCCUAUUUCUGCCGGAAUGUACGACGAAAUUCCCCAGGACUUGGAGAAAAAGGACAAGUAUGGCUUCAGCCGCAUUCGCAUUGGUCCGCCCAUCACGACGGGUAUUGUCCCUGUGGACGAAAAUGAAUCGGCAAUCAGCAUUGGCGAGCAGAUCGAGCAGGAGAAGGAGAAUUCCAUCAAGUACCGGUCGUGCAGCUGGCAAAAGACGGCCGCUCUCCUCUUCUCGGAGUACAUUUGCCUGGCCAUCAUGUCGUUUCCCUACUCGUACUCCGUCCUGGGUCUCGUGCCCGGCAUUAUCCUGACUGUGGUUCAGGCUGGAUUCGUUUUGUACACCUCGCUGAUCGUGUGGGAGUUCUGCCUGCGCCACCCUGAAGUGCGCGACGUGUGUGACAUUGGCCAGAUGCUCUUUUUCAACUCCAGGAUUGCGUGGUGGGGUACGGCGUUCAUGUUUAUCCUCAACAACACGUUCAUCAUGGGCCUGCACGUCCUUGUUAUUGAGCGUUACUUGAAUACCAUGACCAAUCACCCCUUCUGCACGAUCGCAUUUGGUGUUAUUGGCGCUGCGGUAUCCUGGCUGUGCUCGCUGCCGCGCACAUUCAGUGCACUGUCGCGUCUGGGCACUGCUUCGGCGGUCUUUACUUUUGUCAGUGUGCUCCUUGCGACCAUUUUCGCUGGUAUUCAAGACCACCCGGCGGGAUACAAUCCCGAUCCGAACCAUGUUACGGCCGCCGGUGUCAAGAUGGGUGGCGAUCCCACCGUCCUCAUCAUUCCGGCUGUCGGCACAACGUUUGUGUCGGGUGUGAACGCAUUCUUGAACAUUGCCUAUACGUUCAUUGGACAAAUUACUCUGCCGAGUUUCAUCGCCGAGAUGAAGGACCCGUACGAAUUCCGCAAGUGUAUUUGGGUGGUGACGAUCUGUGAGAUUAUCGUCUUCAGCGUUGUCGGCGCUGUGAUUUAUGCAUACACGGGAACGCAGUACAACACUGCGCCCGCGUUUGGCUCGCUCAGCGACGACGUCCAAAAGAAAAUUGCCUUUUCGUUCAUGGUCCCGACCCUAAUUUUCCUAGGUGUGCUGUACGCCUCGGUGUCGGGUCGUUUUAUCAUGUUCCGUCUGUUCCAGGGCACGAAGCACCUGACGAGCCACACGAUGGUGGGCUGGGCGACCUGGACUGCAAUUCUCGCUGUGCUCUGGGUCUUUUCCUUCAUUAUCGCUGAGAUCAUUCCGUUCUUCUCGGAUUUGCUGUCGCUCAUGAGCUCGCUCUUUGAUUCCUUCUUCGGAUGGAUUUUCUGGGGUGUGGCGUACCUCCGCAUGCGCCGCGCCGAAUACGGCCCGCGCUUCUAUGCCGUUCGCGGUAUUCGCGGCUGGGUUGGUUUCAUUGUAAACAUUUUGAUCAUUGUCGCAGGCCUGUUUUUCCUGGGCCCCGGUACCUACGCAUCGGUCGAGAGCAUUAUUUUGGAUUACCACGCUGGAAACGUCCGUGGUGUGUUUGACUGCGCAAGCAACGCAUUGUAA